UCACAAAACAGAGGAUUCAUCAGGCAGAACUGUGAUUCUGGGCUACCUUCCCCACUUCCUUCUGAUUAUUUCAAGUAUCUCAACUGGUGUGACAUAGAAGAACAUGAUGUUCGAGGAAAUCAGCUUCAUUGUCCCCGAGUGAGGGAAGGGCCCUCAGAAGAAGAGCUAUUUUUCAGAGGAGAAGAACAUACUUUGAAAAAAAGAAAACAAGUAACUGACACAGAGAAGCGUCAGAGGAAACUGCAAGAGAACUGGGAAAACUGUGCUGAGCUGAACCUUUCAUUUCAGGACCUGGGUGAUCUUUACCAGAUGGAAAACUUCAAAAGGAUUCUCCAAAGACUAAUUCGGGUGGAAAAACUUUGGUUGGUGGACAAUUCUUUGACAGACCUAAGUGCCAUAAGGUUGCCAAGAUGCAGAGAACUAAAUGUCAAUAAAAACCACUUUACAUCCUUCAAACAGCUGCCAAAGAUACCUCAGAUUCAGCACUUAUCACUCGCUGAAAAUAACAUCAUGACACUAAGUGGAAUAUCAGACUUCAGGCAUACUCCACUUGAAUCCCUUAUACUCAAGAGGAAUCCCUGUGAGUUUCAAGAAAGAUACAGACAACUUGUAUUCUCCAGUUUGCCAAACCUGAAAAUGCUGGAUGGUAUCCCAAAACUGCCAGAGGACUGUUCACCCCCAGAUAUCAGGGUUUUUUUCAAAAUGUGUACUAUACUCUAGCACUGUGUUUUUGUGGGAUCACAGCUGUGCUAGAACCACAUCACUUAAAAGAUACAAUAAAUCCUGU